CCGGGUUAGCCUUGUUUCUCACGUUGCUUGCGUGAUUGUUGGAUUUGUACACCUUAAAACGUCUAAAACAUGAAAAUAAGAUGAGUUCUCAGAAAGGAAAUGUAUCCCGAUCACGAGGACAGAAGCAUCAAAAUGCAGUUGCCUUUAAAAACGACAAACACGGAGCUAGUGUUCAAGUGAAAAAAGCUACUUCUAAGGUCCACGAUGGGCUUUGUCAACACUGUAAGGGAGUUCUUGAGUGGAAAGUCAAGUAUAACAAAUACAAAUCUUUAUCACAACCUAAAAAAUGUGUGAAGUGCUCUCAAAAGACAGUAAAAGAUGCGUAUCACAUCAUCUGUAAGCCCUGUUCGCUUCAGCUAGAGCUCUGCAGCAAGUGUGGGAAGAAAGAAGACAUUGUUGUUCCGAUAAAGUCAUGCUUGGACAAGAGAGAGCAAGAGGAGGAAGAGGAAGACAAAAAGGAGCAUAAACGAGAGAAGAAAAGCUUGGAUGAUUUGGACAGUGAUGAUGAAGACUUUGCUGGGUGUGACGAUGAGGAAGAUGACUUUGACAGAGACUCUGGGCCAAAAUAGGCACAGAAAUUUACCACACUUCCAGAUGUCCGUUGUCAACGAUUAGCUUUGUUUUAAACUUUGUUGUCAAAACAGAGAAGGUCAUUUUAUUGAGUCAGUUGAUGGAGCAGAACUUUGAAGAGAAAUAAAGUCCACAUCAGGGCAAAUCAAACAUCAGGAUGUAUUUUUGUUGUUUUUUGUCUUUCAGUCCAUUUCACCGUAUCAUGUCGUUAUGGAUAGUAUACUUUAACUUUAUUACCAUCAUGUUUUAUUUAAAUAAAAAGCAACAAUAGUAAA